ACUGCAAGAAGAAGAAGAAGAAGAGGAUUAUGGUGGUGGUGAUGAUGUGGAGGAAAUAACGGAACGCUGUCUCAUCAUCUCCGGAGGGGAACCGACCAGAUACAGACAGACUCACAGACAUAUCGGUGGAGGUGCGCGCGGCGCCUCUUUAAAGCGGAGGAGACCUCACGGGGAGCAGCAGGCUAGCUAACUAGCGUUAGCUCGGCGCAGUUAACGCUCAGCUGCCGACUCCAGCUGGAGGGAGGAGGAGGAGGAGAAGAGGAAAAAUGCAAGUUCCUUAGCGAGUGUGUGGCUGUCGUGUAAAUGUUAACGCGUGGCUAAUUCACUUGUUUUCUCAAAAAAUUGUUUUGCGACGAUGAGCUAAGAAGAAGCUUUGAUUCAAUCCAGCGCAGAUCAAAUAACGGCGGAUGAGAUGGCUCAAUUUUGGCGCCGAGACCUCGGCCUGGCAGAGCGGCUGGGGAAUGACUCUCCUGUGGGCUUCGCCCCGGGGCCCCCGGCCACGGUUGCCCCGCAGCAAGCCAACUCCUCCUGGGUGCCGGAGGCCCCGGUGGUCACGGCAGAAGAGCCCAUUUUCCUCAUGACCGCGACUGCCCAGACUAUCUCUGGGUUCUUCGUCUGGACAGCGCUUCUGAUCACAUGCCACCAGAUCUACAUGCACCUGCGUUACUACAGCUCUCCGAACGAGCAGAGGCACAUCGUUCGGAUCCUCUUCAUCGUCCCCAUCUACGCCUUCGACUCCUGGCUCAGCCUCCUCUUCUUCACCAAUGAGGAGUACUAUGUGUACUUUGGCACCGUCCGAGACUGCUACGAAGCCUUUGUCAUCUACAACUUCCUGAGUCUGUGUUACGAGUAUCUGGGAGGAGAGAGCGCCAUCAUGGCCGAGAUCAGAGGGAAGCAGAUUGAGUCCAGCUGUGUGUAUGGGACCUGCUGUCUGUGGGGCAGGACGUACUCCAUCGGUUUCCUCAGGUUUUGCAAACAGGCUACUCUCCAGUUCUGCGUGGUGAAGCCCCUGAUGGCUGUGAUCACGGUCAUCCUCCAGGCCUUCGGGAAAUACAGAGAUGGAGACUUCAACGUGGCGAGUGGCUACCUGUACGUGACCAUCAUCUACAACGUCUCCAUCAGCCUGUCGCUCUACGCGCUCUUCCUCUUCUACUUCGCCACGCGUGAACUGCUCGUCCCGUACAACCCCAUGCUCAAGUUCUUCAUGGUCAAGUCGGUCAUCUUUCUCUCCUUCUGGCAAGGCGUGCUGCUGGCCGUCCUGGAGAAGUGCGGCGCCAUCCCUCAGAUCAGCUCGGCGGGCUUCUCUGUGGGCGAGGGAACGGUCGCCGCCGGGUACCAAAACUUCAUCGUCUGCAUCGAGAUGUUCUUUGCCGCCGUGGCUCUGCGCCACGCCUUCACCUACAAGGUCUACAUGGACAAGAGGCUGGACUCGUAUGGCUCCUUUCCUAUCUACGGACAGUACGGCCGCUGUGCCCCGAUGAAGAGCAUCUCCAGCAGCCUGAAGGAGACCAUGAAUCCAGGGGACAUGGUCCAGGAUGCCAUCCACAACUUCUCCCCGGCUUAUCAGCAGUACACCCAGCAGUCCACACUGGAGCGCAGUGGGGGGCCACCUAUCUCCCGCAGCCACAGUAACCUCAGCACCCGCGGGGACAACGAAAAGACCCUGCUGCUCAGCUCUGACGACGAGUUCUGAGACACGAGGCCACGCUCACUCUACUCCCGGAGCCCGUGUUGGAUUGGUAUCACCAGUGUGUGACAAAUCGGAUCUUUUUGUUGCUUCCUUAACAUGAGAUUUAUUUUUGUUGUUGUUUUACAAUGAAAAGAUCUGAUUUAUUUCAAACUUAUAACUACAUCGGUACCGGACGGUGGAAAGGUCUCGAGAGUUUUCACAAGGAAAGAGAGGAAAUGAAAGAGGAGAAGUUGUAGCCAAUAUAGUCGAGAGGGAGAAGAGAAGUCGAGAUGUUCAGACAGACGUUAGAUUUAUUAACUGGUCUGUGUCGUUUGUUUUGUUGUCAUAGAAGCCAUUACUGAACAUGGUACACAUAACCGUGCAUAUAGUGUCCUUAUGCUGCACUUUAAACACCACAGCAAAAAACAACAAGAUAUGACAGAUAAAAGGUGCCAGAGCAACGAUGUGGCAUCACAUCUGAAACACAUGGCCUCCUUCCUCUGUUAUUUUUCAUAUUGAUUCUCAAAACAAACUCCUCCUCACCCCUCUGCCAAUUCUGCCUCCGACCGAAUCAUUGCCAAAUAGGAGGAGUACCAUGUGCUCCGGUCAAUGAGACCCACUGUCUUAAGAUUUAGAAUCGAUUUAUAGACGAGCAAAACUACGGAGCCUUUGAAUUGCCAGGCUUCAUUUUAAUAUAUAAGAAUUUAUUCGCUUUUUAAAAAUCUAUUUAAAUGUUGUUUGGCCUUUUUGAAGGCGCAACUCAUUUAAAGAGUAGUUUUGUUGGAAGAUUGUUACUCCAGAAAAUGUAGUUGAAUAUUCUGUUUGUUUUAAAUUUUUUGUUCUGGGUUCAUAUAGUGACUCUAAAAGUGUAAUUGCAUGACUCCUGCUUUCAGCUCCUCGUGCAAUGUUAUUGUUUGUGGAGCACUGAGAGGAAACAGCUGUAGGCGCCAUAUUAGCGUGGCCAGGGAGACCGACGGGAGGACGACGCCCACACAGAUUACAGAUUACCAAAGAAGCAACGCUUCCCUGCAGAGCUCAACCAGCUGUGAUGUGCUGCGCAUUGUAAUCCCGUAAUUAAGGGCAGCACAGAGCAGGCUCUGCUGGUAUUGUUUAUAAGGGCAUCACUAGUUAGUCAAGGCCAUUCGAAGAGUCUCAAUCUAAACAAGGCGAUAUAUUAGACUGGACUCGUGUGGAAAAGGAAUAUAUGGGCAUUAAAAUAAUGUAUGCAAGCUGCACAUAGAUUGUAUGGGGGGGGGGAAUAACCUUCAGGGCUGCCCGUCACCCUCCAGUUCCACAUUGGGAGAGUUCAUUGUUCAUCAUGGCGGCCAGUAUAGAAGCUGCUUGUGGUCGUGAGUAUUUGUCAAAACUGAUUCUACGGAUUGGCUCACGUCUAGCAGCUGAAAGUGUACCAACAGUUAAGUCCUCGUUUGUGAUGAAUGUAGUCCGCCUGAAGAAUUAACUCCCAAAUUGAUGCGUGUCCUCAAAAGAGCACAAUCAUCUUCUAAAUGGGAAACAUUCUCCACCGAACACCUAAAUUCCCUUUUGGUCCCCCCAAGUUAACAACAUAUCAAACUCAAGCAUCCUGAUAAAAAACCCUAUCAAAUAACAGUUUUUGAUCCUAUGUGAUUAAAAAUGUGGAUGUUAAUCAUAUAGGUGAGAAUAUAAAACCAGGAAAGGAAGGGAUAUUGUAAAUAGAGUUAAACUCUGUGGGAGCAAUGUGAAACAGGCGUUACUUGGAAUUGUGCUUGAGUUUAAUAUUUUCAUUUUCACAUAUUGUUUUGUUUCUGUUGUACACUUUUUAAUUUGUAUAUUGGACAUAUUAUCUCUAGUUUUGAUGCUAUUUCUGUUGAUGUUGAAAACUAAAAUAAAAUGCAAAAUAAAAUCAUUGAUGAAGUUGU